AUGGCCGACAGCAGCCAGCAGCAGUACGGCCAGCAGCAGCAACGGGGCCCGGACGCGGCGGACGGGCGUGCGGCGAGUGCGGGACACCCUCAUCAACAGGGCGGCCAAGCGGGGCAGCCACAGCGUGCGCAGGGCGGGACGAGUGCCGGAGGGGGCUACAUGGCGCAGAAUAGCUCGGGACAGCUGCCUGUUCCGCCACAGAACAUGUCCGGGAACCGCUCCCCCGCCCUCGCCAACUUCUCGCAACCGUCGCGCUACCCGUCCAUCCCGUCCAUGCAAGGACACCCGCCGACGUACCAGCCGUACCACAUGGGUCCCUCGAUGGGUCCGUACGGCCUCCCGCACGCGUCCACCGCGAACCAGCACCCCUACCACCACGCCUUCCCGUCUCACCCGCAACCGGUCGCCUACACCCCCUACACGCCGUACAUGCACACGCCCCAGCACCAACUGCCACACGGUCACCCCUACGCGUCGCCGAUGUCGUUCAACCACCUCGGUACGCCGCUCGACCCGAACGCCAUCCUCCCUCUCCCCAGCGGACCUUCACCUCGUCCGGCAGCUAGCGAUGCGCUGGCGCUCCCUACGCCUCCAGCGGCCUUCCAUACUGUACGCAACCCCCCUGCACCAGCUUUGCCAGUUCCUCCACCCGUCCAGAACGAGGUUCCCUUCCGCCUGCCGACUCCGCCCCCUCUACUCGAGGCCAAGACUGGCGCAGAAAACGCCAACGCCGCUGCCGGUCCUUCUACGAGCACUGCGGCGAGCACGGCUGCAGCAGCAAACUCUACGCCCGCUAUCCCUCCCGCCGCGCCGACCCCGAAGCCGGCUGACAGGCCUCCGCCUCGUCGCGCCUCGAUCGCAGCGGCCGCCAACCUGCCCGCUCGCGAUUCAUCAACUUCACCUCAGCCUCUCCGUGCCAGGUUGCGCGCACCCGCUCAGCCUGCACCCGCACCCGUCAUCGCGCCCGCGCCUGUCCCGGCUCACAAGCCGCGCAGGAGGAAAGGUCAGCCUGGGAGGAGGCCGAAGAACGGGAACAGCGGAGAUGGAGGAGCGGCGAAGAGGAGGGCUAGUCGUGGUGGAUGGGGAACGGGAGGUGGGAACAGGCCUGAGACGUUCUUGCGCAAGUUGUGGAAGCUGUUGAAGGGUGACCCCGAAGACGUCUCGGAGUACCUCCGCUGGGACAAGAGCGGCCGCCUCAUCAUCAUCCCCGACGAGAAGGUGCUCGUCGAAAAGGUCUGCAAGGUCCACUUUGCCCAGAAGAACAUCACCAGCUUCAACAAGCAAAUGAAUAACUGGGACUUCAAGCGCCACUCUCGCUCUCAGCGCGACAUCGCUGCCAUCGCCAAAGCCGAGCCAGGCGUGACCCGCCAGACGCGCAUCUGGUACCACACGACUCUUCGCUCCGACUCAUCAUGGGACGACGUCAACGCCGUCGGACGUCACGAGGACGGGUUGGCGAAGAAGCGGAGGGUGAAGAGUAAGACGACGGGUAUUGUCGAGGAAGGGCCGGGGAUCGGCAGGACCAAGAGGAAGAAGGGGACGCCGCCUUCAUUCGGGAAGCGCUCGGACGACGAGGGAGAUGACGAGAAGCCGUCGAGGUCGCAGUCGCCCGAAGCGGUUGAUGGGCCGUCGUCGAGCGUUGGGAAGCGUGCGGCGGCGCUCAGGAAGACGAUGCCGGCUAAGAAGCGCAGGAAGACGUACGACUCGAGCGACGAGUCGGACGACUUUAGCGACUCGUCCGAGGAGGAGGAGGGAAGCGAGGACGAAUCUGGCUCGGACGAGGAGGACGCCGAGGGAUCCGACUCGGGCGCCGACUUGAGCGGAUCGGAGGAGGGGGGCCAAAAGGCGGACAUCAAGAGCAAGGACAAGGCGAAGGCUCAGCCGGACGAGGAGGAAGAGGAGGAGGACGAAGAUGCGGAAGGCGAGCCGGACGAGGAGAUCCUAGAGCAGCAAAAGGCCGUGGCGGCGACAGCGGCAAAGGGCAAGGGCAAGGCGAAGUCGGCUACGCCCAAGAAGGACACGCCGGUCAAGGGCAAGGCGCGCGCCGCGUCGAGCGCUCCGUCGGGCUCGAAGCCGCCGCCGACCAGGCGCGCUCGCACCGACAACCCGUCGACCGCGCCUGCUCCGACCACCAAGCGCGCUGCUGCUGCCGCGGCGAAGGCUGCUGCCGCCAAGGCCGAGGAGGAGGAAAAGGAGAAGGCUCGCGAGGCGGAGGAGCACGAGCGCAAGCAGGCGGACGAGGCGGCGCAGGCGCUCGCCGCGGCUGAGCCUGAAAAGGUUGUCCAGCCCGCGAAGCCUGCCGGUGGUCGUCGCUCGACGAGGCGCAGCUUGGCGGCGGCGGCCGAGGCGAACGAGGAGGAGAAGGACGAGGUUGAGGAGGGGUCGGUUGAGUACAAGCAGGAAGGCGACGAGAAAGCCGCUGAGGCGGCGCAGGCGGGCGAGAAGCAAGAUGAGGAGAUGCGCGCCGACCCGGAGGAGGAGGCGCAGGAUGCACCGGCGGCUGAGCCGAUGCAGGUCGAUGAGCAGGCUGGCGCCGCGGAUGCAGGUGGCGACGCAGACGCCGAUGGCGAGUCUGACGAGGACGCCGAAGCACUGAAGAGCAUCGCGACCGCCGGCACGCGCAGGACUCGUAGCAGUCGCGGAGCCGCUCAAGCUUCUCCCGCCGCAACUCCCGCCGCCGCGGCCGCCGCCGCCAAGAAGCCCUCCGCCGCUCAGAAGUUCUCGCGACCCGUUCGCGACCGCACCUCGACUGGCCGCACGACUCGCCAGCAACAGCCGGCCGAGCCUGAGCCUGCUGUCGAGGGCGAACCUGCGCCGGCCAAGAACACGCGUGCUGGUCGUCGCAGCUUGGCGAAGGAGCCGGAUGUCGCGAAGGAGGAGACAGCCGCUGCUUCGACUGCUCAGACUGCUGCCGGCCGCGGCAAGAAGGGCAAGGGGCCGGCCGCGAACGCGCGCAAAUCAGCUGCCGCAACCGACGCUGCUCCUACCGCGUCGACUUCGACCUCCGGCACGACCGGCCGCAAGCUCAAGGGUCGCGGCGGAGGAUGGUACACGACCCCGCAGGACGAAAUGCAGAGCCACGACAUGCGUCGCGGCGGUGCAGGUUACCGCGCCGGAUCCGCCUCGAUGGACGGCGGCAGUGUCGACGGUAGCAGCGCGUCGGGCAGCUCGAACGGUGACCCGCCUAUGCUGCUCUCGCUCAACCCGCAGACGGGCGGCCGCCCGCUCGACGGUUACUCGCUGCCGCGCCCGCCUCAUCUCGUCGCUGGAGCGCGCGACUCUUCCACGCCCGCAACAGGCGACGCUUCCGGCUUCUCGCCUACGCCUUCCGCCUCGGCCGGCAUGGCUCGGAGCCCGUCUGCCGCUUCGAUGCAAGUCUACUACCCCGACUCGUCGAACCCGUACGGCUCGUCACCCUACCCUUCGUACCCUCACCAGCAACAAGCGCCCGUCGCGACCCACCGCCACCCGAUCCGCCGCCACGUCGCGCCGUACUUUUCCGAGCCGGGUCGCGCGCGUCCGGCGUACCACUACCACGGUGCUGAGCCUAUCGCGCGGCCCUACGUCAACCCGGCUCACCAAGUGACGGAUGAGAUGCUCGAGGAUGGCGACGAGGCGGACGUGUAUGGCGCCGAGUUUGCCGCCUCAGUUGCUGGUCCAUCGACUGGGUACGCCGCACCGCCUGCGAUGGACGGCUACGGCGACGAGCAAGGAUUCGGAUACUACCAGCACGCGGCUGCCGCUCCUCAGGCAAGGUCGCGCGACCCUUCAGCCGGCGCGAGCGACGCGGCUUCGAUGUUUUCGCUCCUGCCGGGAGGAUACAAGCGCCCUGAUGCCGCAGUGAGCGACUUGCGCGGUUCGCCGAAGGGCGACAAGGAGGACGCGGACAUGCAGGACGAUGGUCGUGAGGGGAGCUGGCCGAGGACCAUGACGAGGGGAGCGAGCGAGUUGUUCCCCGACCUCCAGCAACAGCAGCGCGAUGACCGCUACGCCAGCGACUUCUGA